AUGUCGUCGGCAAAGAGUACACCUGCUUCCUCUCCUGUUCAAGACAGCCCUUCUGAGGUGAAACCAGAAGUGAAGAAUGAACCAAUGGUCAAAGAAGAGAACAAGAAUGUGGUCGACGAGGAGGACGAGGAGCAGAUGGACCACAAGUCGCGAGCUCUGACGAAUCUGCUGAAGACAAGUUCAGUCUUUGUGGCCAUUAUGGCCGACAAGAUGAAGGAACAGCAGAAGCGCAACCAGGAACAGGCUCGGCGUGCUGCGGAGAAACAGCAGAAAGAUGUCGCCAAACAAGCAGAGUCGACCGGUCCGAUCAGGAAGUCGGCACGGACACAUCAAGCGGACGAAGCAGGCGCAGAGGAGAACGGUACAGAGCCAGAGAAGAAGACUGGCCGAGGUCGCGGACGUACGGCCAAGAAGACAAAUGCUGCAAAGAAGAAUAUAACAGAAUACCUUGACUCUGAGACCGUGAAUGUCGCCCAGGAGGGUCCGUCAGUUCAAGAAGCCCUCGCAGAGGCAGCAGAAGAGUACGAAGGAGAAGGACUUGGCGCUCAGCAGCUUGUGGCGACCGAACAACCUUCACUCGUUACUGGUGGAAACAUGAAGCAGUACCAACUCGAGGGUCUCGAAUGGCUGAAGACAUUAUGGAUGAACGGUCUGUCCGGUAUCUUAGCCGACGAGAUGGGGCUGGGGAAGACAUUACAGGCGAUCUCCAUGAUUGCCUUCUUCAAGGAGAACAACAUUUCUGGUCCUUUUCUGGUAGCUGCGCCACUAAGCACAGUCCGAAACUGGGUCGAGGAAUUCAAGCAUUGGACACCGUCGAUCAACACGGUUUUGUACCAUGGUAGUAAAGACGAGCGUGAGGCCAUGCGACGCAAGAAGAUGAAGAUACAUGAUCAAAGCAAGGUCGACUUUCCCGUGGUUGUCACGAGCUACGAGAUCUGCAUGAACGACAAAAAGUUUCUUGGAAAUUACCAGUGGCGGUAUAUCAUCGUGGAUGAGGGGCAUCGGCUGAAAAACAUGAAUUGCAAGUUGAUCAAAGACUUGAUGACUUACAGCUCGGCCAACAGGCUGCUGAUCACGGGGACACCACUGCAAAACAACAUUGUCGAGUUGUGGUCGCUGCUGCAUUUCCUCCUACCCGAGGUCUUCAAUGACCUCGACUCCUUCGAAAGGUGGUUCGACUUUUCCAGCGUGCUAGAGGACAAGACGGAUGAUGACGGCAAGACCUCGAAGCGCAAGAACAACCUUGUAUCAACCAUGCAUGCUAUCCUCAAGCCAUUCUUGCUGAGGCGGGUAAAGGCCGACGUCGAAUCAUCACUACCCAAGAAGCGAGAAUACAUCUUGUACGCGCCGCUGACGACGGAGCAAAAGGAAUUGUACAGAGAAAUCCUCGCUGGUACUGGCAGAUCUUAUCUCGAGGACAAAGCAGUUGAGCGAAUCGAGGCCAGAAGUCGCGCGGGGUCCCUCAAGCGCAAGGCCAAUGGCAGCGGUCGAUCUACGCCCGCAAAGAGUCUCAAAGCCAGCCGAGCCUCGACGCCCGCAUCUGUUGCUUCGACCGGUUCUACUCGUAGAGGGAGGAAAGGCGCACGCACCAGCUACCGUGAUGUUACAGACGGAGAGUUCAACAAACGCUUACGUCAAUUAGAACAGGGCGAUGAGGACGUCAACCUUGACCGACCGUCUCCUCCACCAGAUACGCCUGGUCCCUCUUCGGAAGAAGCCGAAGAAUUCGAGCGUGCGCAAACGCUCAAGCUGGCCAAGAAAGAAAUAUCGUCCAAGAAGAUGCAGAAUCCUAUUAUGCAGGCUCGUCUAGCCUGCAAUAGUCCUCACAACUUCUAUUGGCCAUGGAAGCCGAGUACCAUCGCCGAAGAGGAGUCAGGGGACUACCCCCAAGUGGAUGAAGGCCUGAUCACUGCAUCCGGCAAGAUCUUGCUGCUCGACACGCUGUUGCCCCGACUGUUCAAGCUGGGCCACAAGGUUUUGAUUUUCAGCCAAUUUAAGACGACUCUUGAUAUUCUGGCGUCGUACGCGGUCGACCUCCGUGGAUGGAAAGCAUGUCGGAUUGACGGCUCCGUGGCUCAAGAGGAUCGGUACGAUCAGAUCACCUCUUUCAACGUUGACCGGUCAUACAAUUUAUUCUUGCUAUCUACUCGGGCUGGUGGGCAAGGAAUCAAUUUGACCGCCGCGGAUACAGUGAUAUUGUUCGACUCGGACUGGAACCCGCAGCAGGAUUUGCAGGCAAUGGAUCGAGCUCACCGGAUUGGUCAGACCAAGCCGGUCAUUGUGUACAGAUUGGCGACGCGCGGAACAGUUGAGGAAACGCUACUUUUCAAGGCAGAUGCUAAGCGGAAGUUGGAGAAACUUAUCAUACAGAAGGGCAAGUUCAAGUCGUUGCUCAACAACGGUGAUGCGGAGGAUAUGAGAGGGGUGCUGGAGGAUGACGAGUUUGAGAAAUAUGACAUUGCGCAGAAGGAGGGAAAGGAGAUAUUGGGUGAAGACGAGUUGCGGAUCCUGACGGAUCGGAGCGAUGAGGCGUACGAGCGUGCGGAGAAGGGUAUUGAUGUUGGUGGCGAGGGUAGGGCGUUCAAGGUUGCCGAGACGAAGAGGUCAGGCGUUCUUGAGGAUUUGACCGUGAGGAGUAAAGCUUGA